AUGUACCAGGUGAUCGAGGGCAUCAUCUCGCCCGUCAAUGACAGUUAUGGGAAGAAAGACCUGGUGGCUUCCUACCACCGCGUGGCCAUGGCCCGGCUGGCCCUGCAGACAUCUGACUGGAUUCGGGUAGACCCCUGGGAGAGCGAGCAGGCGCAGUGGAUGGAAACGGUGAAGGUGCUGAGGCAUCAUCACGGGGAGCUGCUCAGAUCCAUGGCCCAGAUGGAUGGCCCAGACCCCAGCAAAACACCAUCAGCCUCUGCGGCACUGCCUGAGCUGAAACUCCUCUGCGGAGCUGAUGUCCUCAAGACCUUCCACACCCCCAACCUCUGGAAAGACUCGCACAUCCAGGAGAUAGUGGAGAAGUUCGGCUUGGUGUGUGUGAACCGGAGCGGUCAUGACCCGAAGAGGUACAUCUUGGAUUCGCCCAUCCUCCAACAGUUCCAGCACAACAUUCACCUGGCCAGGGAACCCGUUCUGAACGAGAUCAGUGCCACAUAUGUCAGGAAAGCCUUGCGCCAAGGGCAGAGCGUGAAGUACCUCCUCCCCGAGGCUGUCAUCACCUACAUCAGGGACCAGGGCCUCUACAUCAAUGACAGUUCCGGGAAAGGAAAAGGAAAGACUGGCUAGAGGGCCUUCUGGGGCGUCAGGGGUGAUUUUGCUCUGGUUCUGUGUUUGUUUCUACAGUGGUUCUACCAGGGGUGACUUCCUGCUCCGGGAAGAGACUGGGCCUCUGGCAGGGACAGUCAUGUAACAUCAGAGCAAACUAAAUUGCUUAACAUCAGAGCACGACAGGUCAUAGGAUUAGGCAAAACCUCUCAGGGUCACUAAUGAGAAGGCCUGCUUACUGUGUAAAUGGCAAUUAUAGAAGUCACACUGAUGCUCUUCUGAGCAUGGCCGGCCCCUGAGGGGUCCAUCACAGUCACCCUCGUUCGUUUUUUUUUAAAAGUCAGGCCUGGCAAAGCAUACUGGUUUAGAUAGGCCAUAUUUGAUAGGGUGCUAAUUACUGAACAGAGGGCCUUUUCAACAUCCUUGUUUCAAACAGAAUAAAAGCAAGCGAGGAUUCAGGUAUCUGGAAACAGCAUUAUCACUGAUUUCCAGUGUAUUCCCCCUUGCAAACCAUGCCCUGCCUGCCUACCUGUUUUAAAAUUUUUGACCACGUUCUUUCUAUGUUGUGGUCAAGUGACAUGUGUUUAAGAUCUAUUUUAUUAUAUGUGUGUGUGCAUGUAUGUGUACAUGCAUAUGGGAGGGACAUCGGAGUGCCUGAAGCCAGAGUUACUGGCAGUUGUGAGCCCCCUGAUGUGGGUGCUGGGACCCAAACUCCAGUCUUACAGAAGAGCAGCAAAUGCUCUUAACCGCAGAGCCGCCUCUCCAGCCCCCUCGAGCAAUAUUUUUUGAUACAGCAUGUAUUUUUACACCCAUAUAGUCUAAACACCAGGGUUCCCGAUAUCCUGAUUUCUAAAAAGGAACUGAAGUAAGACAGAUGCCUGUCUGCUUUAGAAGAUCGUUUGAAUGUUUUAUGACUGUCUGCUUGUUUGAAUAUUGGCAAAAGGAUAAAUAAUAAAUUGACAUCAAAAAA